AUGCGAUUCGGAGUGAGUCGAGAUCUUUUCUUCUUCUUCUGUCUCCUCUUUCCUCCUUCUCUCCAUCCAUCUUCUGCUCUCAAGUCCCGUCAUGUCGAGAAGCUAACAUUCGACCGUGGGAAAAGCGCCAAACCCUGCGGUACCAGCACAGCAGACAUCGCUCGUAACCAGGAUGGAGACGUCCCAUACGGAACAAUCAUAACGACCUGCACGGUCCCCAACACGGUGGCCCUCACCUUCGACGACGGGCCGUACAUCUACACGAGCGACAUGCUCGACCUCCUGGACCGGUACGACACCAGGGUCACCUUCUUCAUCACCGGGAACAACCUGGGAAAGCAGCGGAUCGACAACCCGGCCGAGCCGUGGGCCGGCCUGAUCCAGCGCAUGCACUCGACCGGCCACCAGAUCGGCUCCCACACCUGGACGCACCUCGACCUCUCGGCCGUCUCGGCCGAGCGUCGGACCCAGGAGAUGGUCUACAACGAGAUGGCCCUCCGCAACGUCCUCGGCGGCCUGGUCCCCAAGUACAUGCGCCCCCCCAUGGGGAGCUGCACGCGCGACUCGGGCUGCCUCGACGCCAUCGCCGACCUGGGCUACCACGUCAUCAACUGGGACAUCGACCCCAAGGACUACCUCAACGACAGCCCGGCACUGAUCCAGAACAGCGAGGUCCUCUUCGACGCCGGCUGGGACGGCGUCGACCCCCACCUCGUCCUCAGCCACGACACCCACAACCAGACCGUGCACGUCUUGGCCGAGUACAUGCUCAAGAAGGUCAGCGCCGCCGGCUUCAAGGUCGUCCCCGUCGGGGACGGCUCAACAUCAGCUUAUUGCGACGGCGGAUGUCAGUCCGACUACGGUUCUUGCAAUGCAUGGAAUGGCGAGACCAUCGUGUCGGAGAAUGGCUUCUGCGGCGCUUCUACGCAUCAGACUUGCCUAGGCUCAUCUUUCGGAGAUUGCUGCUCAACUUAUGGACAUUGCGGCAACACCGAUGCCUACUGCGCUACCGGAUGUCAGCCCGAUUGGGGUUCGUGUAAUUGA